UCGACAUUCUACGAGCGGUGUAGUGUGCGCGCGCAUGUUUGUGUAGUGUUGUGUAUUAUUAUUAUUAAUAAUAUUUCAUUAUCUGUGCCGUAUUAUUAUUAUUGUACGCAGUCGGUGCAAAACUAAAAUAUUAACAACGUUACAUGCUAGUAAUUAAUAGUAGUCUUGGUGGUCAAGUGCGAUAAUAUUCUUUUGUUGUCGUUUUUACGCGAACGGUUGAUAACGCGCAAAAAAAAUUAUUAAAAAAAUAAUCCAUUACCACCAACCGGUCGUGCUCGGUGUAUAAAAAUUCAGCGUAUCGUUUCGUGUGCUGUGCACUUUAUUUUAUGCGUCUCGGCCGCCGUUGCCGUCCACCGAUUAUUAAAUCCCGCUGUGUUCGGUUGUGAUGGAAAAAGAAAAUGGCAAUAAAAAUAAUAUUCGACUUGUGUGCGACACCGAAUAAUGUAACUUCGAGUCGUGGACGACAACAAGACCUUGACCUUGAGACGUUCGUUUAGUAGACCAGUGUCGCCGCCGUACAACGUAAACAUCCCUUUUAAUACCCGGACCGGUCAUGAUACCAGCGCAUUAAGGACUAAGAUUUAAAUAAUUCAAAACUAAUCAUGGAAGCCAAUGCAAAUUUCAUUGUACCUCAAGAAAUCAGCUACAAGACUGUUUAUGAGAACAUCAACGGUCAUUGUAAUGGAACACCUGCUCCACCAGUGGCUGCACCAGUAGUUCCAGUGGGUGUGCCUGGAGCAAUGGGAGUUCUUCAACCCCAAGCUCCUGCACUACAACCACAAUUAGUUGAUGUACCAGUUUUUAAUUGUCCUCGUCGCCCAAACUUGGGACGGGAAGGUCGGCCAAUUGUAUUGCGUGCAAAUCAUUUUCAAAUAUCAAUGCCACGUGGUUAUGUACAUCAUUAUGAUAUCAACAUUCAGCCUGAUAAAUGUCCGAGAAAAGUCAAUCGAGAAAUCAUUGAAACUAUGGUACAUGCAUACAGCAAACUUUUUGGUAAUCUUAGACCCGUCUUUGAUGGCCGUAACAAUUUAUAUACUAGAGACCCAUUGCCUAUUGGUAACGAUCGUAUGGAAUUGGAGGUAACUUUGCCUGGUGAAGGUAAAGACAGAGUUUUUCGUGUCAAUAUUAAAUGGUUAGCACAAGUAUCUCUUUUCGCUCUGGAAGAAGCUCUUGAAGGCCGCACUAGACAAAUACCAUAUGAUGCAAUUUUGGCUUUAGAUGUUGUUAUGCGUCAUCUCCCAUCAAUGACCUACACUCCGGUUGGUCGAUCAUUCUUCUCAUCUCCGGAAGGAUAUUAUCAUCCAUUAGGUGGUGGUAGGGAGGUUUGGUUUGGUUUUCAUCAGUCCGUUCGUCCUUCACAAUGGAAAAUGAUGCUUAAUAUUGAUGUCUCUGCGACUGCCUUUUACAAAGCACAACCAGUAAUUGAGUUCAUGUGUGAAGUAUUAGACAUAAGAGAUAUUGGAGAACAACGAAAGCCUCUAACAGAUUCUCAGAGAGUUAAGUUCACUAAAGAAAUAAAAGGUCUUAAAAUUGAAAUAACACAUUGUGGAGCAAUGCGUAGAAAGUACCGAGUAUGUAAUGUCACCAGGAGGCCUGCUCAAAUGCAAUCUUUUCCAUUGCAAUUGGAAAACGGCCAAACUGUAGAAUGCACCGUUGCUAAAUAUUUCCUUGACAAAUACAAAAUGAAAUUGAGAUACCCACAUUUACCUUGUCUUCAAGUGGGACAAGAACACAAACAUACAUAUCUGCCAUUGGAGGUUUGUAAUAUAGUUGCGGGACAAAGAUGUAUAAAAAAAUUAACUGACAUGCAAACAUCCACAAUGAUAAAAGCUACAGCUCGAAGUGCUCCAGACCGCGAACGAGAAAUCAAUUCUUUAGUUCGUCGAGCAGAUUUCAAUAAUGACUCUUACGUUCAAGAAUUUGGACUUACCAUAUCAAACAGUAUGAUGGAAGUACGUGGUCGAGUUUUACCUCCCCCAAAAUUACAAUAUGGAGGAAGAACUUUACCUAAUCAGGGAGGAUUAAAUGUCCAACAAACAAAACAACAAGCCCUACCUAACCAAGGCGUUUGGGACAUGAGAGGUAAACAAUUUUUCACUGGUGUUGAAAUUCGUAACUGGGCAAUUGCUUGUUUUGCACCUCAAAGAACUGUCCGUGAAGAUGCAUUAAGGAAUUUUACCACACAACUUCAAAAAAUUAGCAGUGAUGCUGGUAUGCCAAUUGUCGGGCAACCAUGUUUUUGUAAAUAUGCUACAGGCCCUGACCAAGUUGAACCAAUGUUCCGUUACUUAAAAUCUACAUUUACUGGCUUACAACUGGUCGUUGUUGUAUUGCCUGGUAAAACACCAGUAUAUGCUGAAGUCAAGAGGGUUGGAGACACUGUUCUUGGAAUGGCUACUCAAUGUGUUCAAGCAAAAAACGUUAACAAAACGUCACCUCAAACCCUUUCAAACUUAUGUUUGAAAAUUAACGUGAAGUUGGGUGGAAUCAAUAGUAUUCUCGUACCGAGCAUAAGACCCAAAGUAUUCAAUGAACCGGUUAUAUUUUUGGGAGCAGACGUUACUCAUCCUCCAGCAGGAGACAACAAAAAACCAUCUAUUGCCGCUGUGGUCGGUUCCAUGGAUGCACAUCCAAGUCGUUAUGCAGCUACUGUUCGUGUUCAACAACAUAGACAGGAAAUUAUACAAGAACUCAGUUCAAUGGUCAGGGAGUUGUUAAUCAUGUUUUAUAAGAGCACUGGCGGAUACAAACCUCAUAGAAUUAUACUUUAUCGUGAUGGAGUUUCUGAAGGGCAAUUCCCUCAUGUCUUACAACAUGAACUGACGGCUAUACGAGAGGCUUGUAUAAAAUUAGAAGGUGAUUACAAACCUGGUAUCACUUUUAUCAUAGUUCAAAAACGUCAUCACACUAGGUUGUUCUGUGCUGAUAAAAAAGAACAAUCUGGUAAGUCAGGAAAUAUACCGGCUGGUACUACUGUUGAUGUUGGAAUAACUCAUCCUACAGAAUUUGAUUUUUACUUAUGCAGUCAUCAAGGAAUUCAAGGAACUAGUAGGCCUAGUCAUUAUCAUGUACUCUGGGAUGACAAUCAUUUUGAAUCUGAUGAGUUGCAAUGUUUGACGUACCAACUGUGUCAUACUUACGUCAGGUGUACACGUUCUGUAUCCAUACCUGCACCAGCUUAUUAUGCACAUUUAGUUGCAUUUAGAGCUAGGUACCAUUUGGUUGAAAAAGAACAUGACAGCGGAGAAGGUUCUCAUCAAUCUGGUUGUAGUGAAGAUAGAACACCCGGUGCAAUGGCUCGAGCUAUCACAGUACACGCGGACACCAAAAAAGUUAUGUAUUUUGCUUGAGUAAUCCAAUUUGUCAAAUCUAUUAACCAUAAUGUAAAAAUUUAGGCAUAGGAAAUUUGUUAGCCCACCCGCCAAUCAUUGCCCUUAUGUAACUAUAGACCAAAAUUAUUUUUAUGUAUUACCGACCUCUGAUAAUUAUUUUUAAGUAUUUUGAUUGAGUCCCAACUAUAUCUAGUUCUUAGAAAUUUUCCAAAGUUCAAUUUGUGUUUGUUGCUAGUAAUUUUUUUUUUUUUUUUGUUACCUAUUUUCUUCUUCUAAUCAAAAUUAGACAUCACUUAAAUACUUCCAGUAUCUUACCAUUAUCCAUUAUCUUAGUUGUGCGCAAAUUCUAGUCUAGCAGGUGCAUCAGAAAUUUUUUUUUUGGGUCUUAACCAAUGGCAGCAAUGAAAAAUGCAUUCCUCCUUUCUGGUACAUAAUUAUUGUAUAACAAAAAGUAACUCCAUUAUUACAAUUAAUGUAUAAUUAAUAAUUAUUAUUGUUAAGUGUGUAUUAUAGUCAUAGUUAGUAAUUAGAUGUUUGUAUUCCAAUUUUCCUGCCAAUAUAAUCUCUACUUAUCUGAUUUUACUUAUUUGAUUCUCGAGUUAAAAUCAUUGUAAUUAUGAUUAGCUCUUAAUUGUAUUUUUUUCUGGUACUCUUUCUGACAAUACUAUUUCUUAACUAAUAUUACGAAUAUUCUUAUUCUCAUUUUUUACAUUGGUCUUGGCUUGAUUCUUAAAAUAAGACCAAAAACGUGUGGUACCAAUCUUUAUUGUUUAAUGUCUUAUAAUAUUUAUUACAUUUUUAUAAGAUAGAGCAGUACACGGAGCUCAAUGAUCUUAGACUGCUUGAUUAUUUUAACCAAAACUCGAAUCAGUUUAAUUGUGAUGGACUUUUGAUUAACUAUGUUAUCCAAUUGAAGGUAUUAAAUACCAGAGGUAUAUUAUAUAUAAUAUUUAUUAUUAUUAUUAUUAUUUAAAUAUGUUUUUAUUUUGGGUUUAGUUUUUAUUUGGGAUUUAAGUUAUUAACAAUUUUUUUUUAUUAUGAUCACUAAUUGUACCUGAUACUUGAGUGUUUUUUUUAUAACGGCAUUUGUUUAAUUACAUUUUAAAAAGUUGCUAUGAUUUAGGAAAUACGAUCAAAUUUUAUACAAUUCAUUUUUAUCAAAACUAAAUUAACUAAAUAGAUAGUUUUUUUUUGUAAACUUUGCAAUUUUAUUUUAUUUUUUAAUUUGCAAACUGCAUUUUUGUUCGAUUGGUACCACAAGCAACCCUCCGAUUAUUAAAUUUUGAGUAUUAAACGAUAAAUAUAUAAAAUAUUUAUAUUUAUAAAAUUAUUAUUAUUAUUAUUAUUAUUAUUAUUAUUACUACUAUUACCUAUACAUUAGAGAUAUCUAUGUAAUAUAUAUAUAUAUAUAUAUAUACUAAGGAUUUAAAUUAUGGUUAUUGAACUUUAGGUAUAUUCCAAGUCUUAUUAUAGUAUAGAAAAUUGUAGACAUUAACCCCCUCAAUUAUUGAUGUUUGUUUGCGCAUAAAAUUAAACUUUUAUAUAGUUUUAUUGACACUUGGCAUGUCAACAUUUUCUUUAGUAAAGAAUAUAUUAUAAUGUAGGGAUUAAAAUAUAUCCUAUUCAGUAUAUAUUACUAAGGUUGUACGCUAUUAAUAGUUUUUCUAAUAAAAUGAUGAUCUAAAAAAUGUUUUUUUCACCACCCAUAAUUAUACGAGGUAUUUGUAUUAU